AUGGAAGGAAGUGAUGAACCUGAUCAGCCUAUCUCAGCAGGGAGGCAAGAAAUUCGAAAGAAAAGAAGACCUACCCAACCAAUGGUAGACAAAUCCCAACAGACUGACAUAUCAGAGAUAAAGUAUCUCUUGCCUAUACCACAAUCAUGUGGCCCCAAAGCUAACCUUAAUAUUAGUAAUAUUCCUGAAAGCAAAGUCAACUAUGAGUCUCUUAGGUUAUCUUCUCAGCUUCAGAAAACUUGGACAAAGAGAAAGCGUGUGCAAGAUAAGGUUGAUGAAUGUUUGCAGACAGACAUUAUUACUGAAGAGAUAAAGGAAACCAAGCCAGGUGGUGCAACAGUGGUACAUAAAGAAAAGGCACCUGCUGUUGGAGAAGCAGCUUCUGAAUUUCCAGAGAGUGUUCAUGGAGUAGAAAUUCCAUCAAGCAAACACUCAGGUCAACAAAAAUUAGACAGAUCUGAUCAAACCAUUCAUUCUGGAGAUGAAAACAAAGAACAGAAGAGCUUUGGUGAAUCAAAAGAAGUUAUUGGCAGGCCAAGUAGUUCUAUUUCAAAGUCAAAGGAUGCUGUGCAGAAACGUAAAUCCUCAGGGAAGACUUUAAUUACUGAGCAUCCUGAAUUUCAACCUGCAACAAGUAGCAAUGAGGAAAUUAGGAAGAAAAGUACCAACAGAUCUUCAUUUAGUCAACAAAUCAAAGAAGAUACUCGAGUACUUUUAUAUGAGCAUGACUUUGCAGUUGAAGUAAGGCCUCCGACAAUAGAAAAGAUCUCUGCUGAAGUGCAAUCUCCACCAGCUGAGGAGGCUCCUGCAGCAGAGGCCCCAGUGAAAAUUCAGUCUCCACCAGCUGAAAAGGCCCCGGCAGAAAAGGCCCCAGUGAAAGUUAAGUCUCCACCAGCUGAGAAGGUUCCUGCAGAAGAGGCCCCAGUGGAAGUUAAGUCUCCACCAGCUGAGAAGCCUCCAGCUGAGAAGGCCUCAGCGGAAGAGGCCCCAGUGAAAGUUAAGUCUCCUCCAGCUGAGAAGGCCUCAGCGGAAGAGGCCCCAGUGAAAGUUAAGUCUCCUCCAGCUGAGGAAGAGGCCCCAGUGAAAGUUAAGUCUCCUCCAGCUGAGAAGGCCUCAGCGGAAGAGGCCCCAGUGAAAGAGGCCCCAGUGAAAGUUAAGUCUCCUCCAGCUGAGAAGGCCUCAGCGGAAGAGGCCCCAGUGAAAGAGGCCCCAGUGAAAGUUAAGUCUCCUCCAGCUGAGAAGGCCUCAGCGGAAGAGGCCCCAGUGAAAGUUAAGUCUCCUCCAGCUGAGAAGGCCUCAGCGGAAGAGGCCCCAGUGAAAGUUAAGUCUCCUCCAGCUGAGAAGGCCUCAGCGGAAGAGGCCCCAGUGAAAGUUAAGUCUCCUCCAGCUGAGAAGGCCUCAGCGGAAGAGGCCCCAGUGAAAGUUAAGUCUCCUCCAGCUGAGAAGGCCUCAGCGGAAGAGGCCCCAGUGAAAGUUAAGUCUCCUCCAGCUGAGAAGGCCUCAGCGGAAGAGGCCCCAGUGAAAGUUAAGUCUCCUCCAGCUGAGAAGGCCUCAGCGGAAGAGGCCCCAGUGAAAGUUAAGUCUCCACCAGCUGAGGCGGCCUCUGAAAAAGAGGCCCCAGUGAAAGUUAAGUCUCCACCAGCUGAGAAGGCCUAUGGGGAAGAGGCCCCAGUGAAAGUUAAGUCUCCACCAGCUGAGGUCCCUGCAGAAGAGGCCCCAGUGAAAGUUAAGUCUCCACCAGCUGAGAAGGUCCCUGCGGAAGAGGCCCCAGAGAAAGUUCAGUCUCCACCAGCUGAGUCGGCCUCUGCGGAAGAGGCCCCAGAGAAAGUUCAGUCUCCACCAGCUGAGAAGGUCCCUGCAGAAGAGCCCCCAGAGAAAGUUCAGUCUCCACCAGCUGAGAAUGUCCCUGCAGAAGAGGCUACAGCUGAAGUUCAAGCUCCACCAGUUGAGGAGGCCCCUGCAGAAGAGGCCCCAGAGAAAGUUCAUUGUCCACCAGCUGAGACGGUCCCUGCAGAAGAAGGCCUAGUGAAAGUUAAGUCUCUACCAGCUGAGCAGGCCCCAACUGAAAAUAUCGCUGCUGAACUUCAUCUUCCACCAACUGAAGAAACGACUUCAGAAAUGGUCUCUGUUGCCAAAAAACUUGCAUCAUUUGAAGAGGCCAAUAUUUCAAAUAUCUCUCCAACAUACUCCAUUGAGGAAGUUCAGACUCCACCAUCUAAAACACCUCCUGCAGAUGAGACUCUGGUAGAGAAUGUAUCUACUGAAUUUCAAUCUUCCAUAACAAUAGAUGUUCCGGAAUUAGUUUCUACUAUUGAAAUAUAGAGUGUCAACCAUAUAGAACUAAAGGAGCGGCCUCUUCCACAGCUAUAG